UCCUUGAGCUGUUGCAGAGGCAGCCAACUGCUCCAUAUUUGGCUUCUAUUACACAUUUACAUACUGGAGAGAGAGAGCAGUACUGCAGACAUCAUUUCUACUACAGUAGAGGAGACAUACAAGACCUGUCUUACUGCGAAGGGGGGGCAGAGUAACAAAAAAAAUAAAAUAAAAAGAGAGAGAGAGGCAGAAGCUCAGACACCCUCUCCAGCCAACAACCUCUCUACCGCACUUUACAUAAAACAGAAAAGGUCAAGAAAGUGGAACAAUGUUGCAAGAAUAGCCAGAGAAGAUGAUGCUGUGGACAUUUAGAAUGCUGGUCUUAAGAGUUAAUAUUCCGUCUUGUGAGAAUUGUGGUAGACAAGCCUCGUAAAUUACAUAUUCCCAAUGAUGCCAAGAAUACAGAGACUGUUUUAUGAAGAAGCUGGAACUUCCUCUAUCUGAGACACAGAAACAGAUCCUCCAGUAGGUAUUUAUUUAUGUGAAUAAAGAGGGUGCUGGAAACUGCUAGGAGAGACUUAACCAUUACCGUUACUGGGAAGGAUAGCCUAGCUGAAACGUCUGCAGACCUGCCACAGUGAAUGCUAUUCCACAUCAGUCGUUGGAACAUUGAGCUCCCAGGGAGAUGAUUCCCCAUGAAGUUGUUGGGUUUCCUUCAGGAAUUAAAUGUGAUUUUCCUUUCACCAGACUGAAAUCAGCAUCGGUCAGACAGUGAGCAGGCAGUGGUGGUUGGCGGGGGUGGCAGAAAGCAAAACAUGAAAUCUAAUCAAGAAAGGAGCAAUGAAAGCCUGCCACCAAAGAAACGUGAAUUACCCGCCACCAGUCGACCGUCUGAAGAAAAGACAGUCGGACUGACUAGUGAAAACCACCGUACAGAUAGUUUAUCAUGGCUCUCUACCACAGUAAGCAGCCAUGGUGGGCGUUAUCAUGGGCCUGCAGGAACUUUAGUAGAAGCUGGUUUACAGCAGGGGGUAGGUUUACAUAAAACACAUUCAACUGGUAUAGACUAUUCUCCCCCCAGUGCAUCAAGGUCAAUACCAACAGCAACAACAGUUCCUGCCAUUUAUCAAACUGCGCAGUCUCAAUCAGGGGCAUCUGUAUCUCCCGUGCAAUAUACUAAUGUGCCCCAAACGUUCCAGUUUAUUGGACCGCCGUACAGUGGACCAUCAUAUGCAGGAUUCAUCAAUUCGCAGCUAAUUUCACCUACAUCGAAUUCCGCAGCAAGUGUUGUGUCCUCAACAGCAACAGGAGUCACCACUCCAUCACAACGCAGCCAGAUGGAAGCAUAUUCCAAUAUGUUGGCAAAUGUAAGCAGCUUAAGCCAGCAGGGCCAUAAGAUUGAAUCCCAUAUAGAUCGGACUCCUGGACUGAUUGCCGCAGGAUCACCACCUACCCAGUCAAGUCAAUAUGUUCAUAUUUCCAGCUCAUCCCAGAGUGGAAUCAGAACUCUAUCACCACCAAAUAUCCCAGUACAUUUACAUACCCACCCAGUGAUUCCACAUACACUUACCCUGGGCACUUCCCCCCAGGUGGUUGUGCAGUACUCAGAUUCAGGAGCUCAUUUUAUUGCUAGGGACCCUACAAAGAAAGAAGAAAGUUUCAGGUCACAAGCCAAGGAAUUAUUAAAUGGUGAAAUAGAGAAAGUUAGGAGAUUUGUAGUUCCUUCCGCCACAGAUGCACAGCUAUUGAAAGCAGGCAAUAAUAAACCAGCUUCCCAGCAUUAUGAGACAAGGCAUGUAGUGGUGCACCCUAGUACUGAAUUCAGUGCUCGGGAUCCCUCAGGUGUUCGGACCUCUGUCAUGGUAGUGCCCAACAGCAACACAGCUACCACAGACAUUGAUGUUCAACAAACCAUUAAGAGAGAAACCUCACCAUCAACAGCUCAUAGCAAGGGAAGCUUACACUUAGGAAAACCAGCCCACCGGUCCUAUGCUUUAUCCCCACAACAGACUUUAUGCGCAGAAGGCGUAAAAACAGUGGCCACUUUAUCUCCUCAUACAGUCAUCCAGACAACUCACAGUGCAGCAGAGCAACUUUCUGUUGGGCUGCCUGCUGCAGCCUUUUAUGCGGGUACACAACAGCCAGUUAUUGGCUAUCUCAGCAGUCAGCAGCAAACCAUUGGCUAUCCUGGAAAUUUGCCACAGCACUUGGUGAUUCCGGGGACUCAGCCUUUGCUCAUACCAGUUGGCAAUCCGGACAUUGAAUCAUCUGCGGUGGGGGUAGCACCUGCUAUUGUCACUUCAUCUCCCCAAUUUGCAGCAGUGCCUCAUACAUUUGUCACUACGCCCAUUCCUAAAAGCGAUAACUACAGUGCUGAAUCACUAGCAACUCAAACAGCCUACCAGACCGCUUUGGUUCCGGCUCAAUUCCACCUCCCGGUUGUACAGUCUGUUGCCUCUCCUAUGGCAGCUGCACCUACACUGCCCCCUUAUUUUGCAAAAGGGUCAAUCAUUCAGCUAGCCAAUGGUGAACUAAAAAAGGUAGAGGAUUUGAAAACUGAAGACUUCAUACAGAGCGCUGAUAUUAGCAACGACUUGAAAAUAGACUCCAGCACAGUCGAGAGGAUUGAGAAUAGCCAUAGUCCUGGCAUUGCUGUGGUACAAUUUGCUGUUGGAGAACACAGGGCCCAGGUCAGCGUAGAGGUCUUGAUAGAAUAUCCAUUUUUUGUAUUUGGCCAAGGCUGGUCAUCAUGUAGUCCUGAGAGAACAUGCCAGCUGUUUGAUUUACCAUGCUCCAAGUUGUCAGUAGGAGAUGUCUGCAUAUCGCUUACACUCAAGAAUCUGAAAAAUGGCUCCAUAAAAAAGGGGCAACCCAUGGAUUCAGCUAGCAUCUUGCUGAAGCACCCAAAGAAUGACAGUCUGUCAGGAAAUAGACAUAGAUAUGCAGAACAGGAGAACGGGAUUAAUCAGGGAAGUGCACAGGUGUCCUCUGAGAAUGGUGAACUAAGGUGUCCUGCUGGAUUGAAUGCUGCGACCUUUGAAACCAAAAUUGAACCUGGCAAACCCAUGAUGACAAGGAAGAGGAGGUGGUCUGCCCCAGAAUCACGAAAAUUAGAGAAGUCUGAAGAUGAACCACCAUUGACUCUUCCCAAGCCUUCUUUUAUUCCUCAGGAGGUUAAGAUUUGCAUCGAAGGUCGAUCCAAUGUAGGCAAGUGAAACAUUGUUUAGAGAAGAAAAAAUAGGCUUACCCUUGUCUUUUUUAUUCAGAUUACUGCACUGUAGAAUAAAUAACCCAGUAUUUACACAUUAUCAUCUUAUUUUAGGUUUAUGUUAUAACAUUGUUAUAGUUGCGACUGGUAUCUUUCAGGAGACUGUUGGUGCAUAAGUUCUUUCCACAAGUGUUCACUCGUGCAGUACCUAGGAUCUGGGGGAGAUAAGCUUUCUGCAGUCUUGAUGGACAGGAUUGUAUAAGCAUGGCUUCUGUCACUUAGUUGCAGGGUGCCAACUUCAAAUUUCAGCUUUUUCUUUCAGAAAGGAAUACAAGGGAAUCGAAGAAAAAAUAUUUAGGCUGGCCCUUGUUGGGAGGGUAUAGCUUCAUGUUUGUUUCUGUUGUAGGUCACUGGCACAAACAAUCCCAGCUUGAUGCCAUUGUCAUGUUGACAAUGAUAAAGAUACCAUUUCAUAUACAUAUGUCAGGAUGAUUAUCGAUGUUUACCUUUCCUUCAUUUGGUCUCAUGAUAGGUUUCAAUCUAGUGCCAUGUCUCAUGUUGGUGUGGUAUUUAUUUUUUCCACAAUUUGAACCAUAUAGACAAAAUGGCUGAAAUACUUUCCAGUGACCGAUUACACGAUAAUAACAAGAAAUGCCCAUCACCGUGGCAAAUGGCACUUAGUCUACAGUACCAUGAAUUUAUCCUGAGGAAGCCUAACUGCACAAGUUAAUGUUGGAGGGUCAGAGUCCCUCUUUGCUCUAAAAAGCUUCUAAUCUUUUGUGCUGUGAAAAAGUCAGUCAUUUAUGUCCUUUUAAUUUUCUGUUAUGAAUAUUACAACUUCCAAUGAUGCAUUUGCUGAUAUAGCAUUUCUUGCCUCCGUAAAAAGGAAAACGAAAGUUGACAGGACACAAGAGGGCAAUAUGGUUAACCUCUCUGGCAGAUUCCUGUUAGGACAGAUACUUGUUAUAGCUUAGAAAGUAAAUGUCCUGUAACCUGGCAUGUGCUUCCCAUGGUUUAAGCAUAUUGCCUUUGUAGAGCACUAACAUCAAUUACUUGCAUCAUGGGUGCAAACAUUUUGUGUUCAACUUUUCUUCUUUAGUUACAACUGGUGCCACUUUUUUUUUUUUUUCAACGUUCAGUGUGACACAUUAAGGAACAAGAACUGGAGGAGUUAUUAGAGAUUGUCUAUAAGCACUUAAAAUGCUGUUCACACUUUAUUGCCGAGCAUCUUGGUCUAAUGUUUGCUAAGUACUGUAUCUCACUUUUAAUCUGUGUAUUUUAAAAUAUAUAUAUGUUUUUUUUCUUUUAAAGAUUUCUUUCAACACUGAAACCUACAUGAACAUAUAUAGAGCUUCUUAGAGCAAGAUGUCGAAAGUUUUUAUGUGGUUUCAAAGGGAUGAAUGUAAUUCUUGACCUAGGAUGUGACCGUUUAUUGUCCCAAAGGACUACUUUACAGAAGGCACUUUUAGAAGAGAAAGGGUUAAAGUCAUACGUGAGCUGACAUGAUUAAAGAGAAUCGAUAGGGAAAUAUUAAGCUAGAUAGAAAACAUAAAAAAAAUAAUUGUCCAGUGUUUAAAAAAAAAAAAAGAUGGACUUUAAACAAAAAAAAAAAAGAAAACCACAAAAAAAAAUCUUGCAGUUUGCACAUCUUAAGUUUCGCAUUUGAAUGAAAUUCCUGCAAAUUAAUUGUAAUAAUGUUGUAGAGACAGGAAUGAUCGGCUGAAAGAACAUGGAUACAUGUAGCAAUUACUUACUAUUAACCUGCCUAAUGUGUUAGGGUAGUGUUUCUUUCAGUUUCAAUCUUUCUGUCACACUGAACAGAGUCUGAGAAGGAAUUCUGAGAAAUCACGGUGUAGUAGAGCGUGUGUGCGUGUGCGUGUGUGUGUGUGUGUGUGUGGAUGAUGUGUGCCUAUCCGUGGAUGUUUGAGUGUGUUCUCACCUUCUGAAUAACCUCUACAAUAAGCACCUAUAGUCACGAGUACAAGAAGUUUAUGUGUAGAUAUGCAUAGUUGCCCAUUGUUAUGUUAACAAAAAGUUUUUGGCAUAAACCAUAUAUUGCACAGAGAAAAAUAUAUUUGUAUUUCCCACUUAGUCCAAAAAGUAAUGUGUACCUUAUGUAUUAUAUACACAUUUUGUUUCAACCUACUUUUUUUUUAUUUCAAAGUUGUUCACUCUAUAUUUUAGUAUGGUAACUUGUUCUUGUGUAUGAAGAUUGAGCUUGUGUUUCCCCUUUAUCUUUAGUUAAAGAUUUCCUAAAAAGCGUGACAACAUUCUCCCCCAAUUAUGGACUCACUGUUGGGUUUCUUUUCUCAGUAUCAUAUUUAUCCUUCAGAAUUCGAUGUUCUAGAUGUUGUGUAUGUUGUGAUAUUUUACUUGAGUCUUGCACAUACUGGCUUUCAUGUCCCUAAUUUCCAAAGUUAGUAAAAUUACUUAGUCAAUUAAUUGUUAGGUUUUUUUGUUUUUCUAUUCUUUACCACGACUCCAGUGUCAUUUUCUAGUUUAAAUGUAGCUUCAUGAGACAAGAUCUCUAUUUAGAGAACUGGGUGUUCAUAUACUUGCUUGCUGUUUCUACAAGGUGUUCCAGCUUAUCCCAUAGCAUGUUAUUUCUUGUAGACUUUUUUGAAUUUGCCAAUUGUUUUAUGAAUGGACAUAGUCUAUCUCUUUGGUUUUCUGUCAUCACCACAAAUUGUCUGCAGUGCCUCCAUCUAACAGAAAUUCAAUGAUCUGUUUUACUCUUCGGACAUAGCACCUAUUCUAAUAACCGGCAAGCUCUCAGGUACAGCUCUCUUAUCAUUUAUUAGUGCGGCAGGGACAGGCUACAGAGGGAAUAGAAUAGGUUCCUUUCUCGAAAGAUUAAGGAAUGCCCAGACAUUUCACUAGGUAUGAGAACAGCAUAUGGGCUGAAAUACACAUACAAGAGAACAGGAAAUAUUAUAGCAUAGGCUUAGUUUGAAACUUCUUUAUAGAAUAUAUCAGGAUAUUGCUCACAUAGCAAUUUCCUGAAAUAAUGAUAUUGCCCAAAUUCGUACCAUGGCUGGAGGGGGGUGAAACUUUGAAUUCACCUCAGUAUCCCUAAAAAGUAAAUUUGAUGGCGCUCUAUGUGGUCUUAAAAUUGGAUGCAAACUCUACAAUGUCACUGCUAAAAGAGUCUGUGGGGGAUACAAUGUGUCCCCCAGCAGUCGUACUGUUGUUACCCAUUAUUCCAUUAACAAUACAUUGAAGAAUUACUUUUCUAGUGAUCUCCUUUUAUAUUCAGCUAAGUAGCGUACAACUAAUCCUAUACUGUAAUUAUACAUAUGUAUUAAUUCAUAACUGAAUGUAUAUACAUAUAUAUAUAUAUAUAUAUAUAUAUAUAUAUAUAUACUGUAUAUACAUUCAUUACAUUUACAAAAAGCAGAAGAGAAAAAAAUUACAUUUUAAAUAGAAUAAUUGAAGUAAAAAAAAAGAUUAUGUGCAAUAACUAAUAACUAUCACCUCAAGGUACAUUAAAACAUUGAAGAUACUGAUCACAAUAUCCUUAUCACUACUAACACUUCAGCCAAUCCAGGAAGCAAUAAAAGAUACUUGGUGAAAAAUAAAGACUGGCAUAUCCUGUAGCAUUGAACCAAUAUAUCAUACUGUAACUCUCUAUAGCUCCAACCUCUUAUUCUCUUUCACCUACACUCAUAGGGUAUUCAACUGAACCUCAAAAAUCUGAUACCCAACUCUACUCAGAAAGAUUUCUUUUCGACUGGCUGUUGAGUGCUGCAUCUACCUGAAUCCAUUUGCACCAUGCAUCUCUCCCCCACCCCAUGUCUCACACCGUACUUCUGUCCUCUCUGGUUGGGGACAGACUGAUGAUGUACUUAUUCUCCUCAGGGCACUUUUUUCUUUUUAUUUGGUAUGAGGGAUGAGAAUUUGUAUGGCGUCACAAUUACCACUAUACCAUGUGCAAAGGCAACAAAAUUCAGAUGUUCCUGAUAAACUCACUGGAGCGCCUGAACGCAAACACAAUGUUACUGCAGUUGUUUCUGCUAUAAAACAUUAGUCUGGAAGGUUCCUCAUAGACACCUUUAGGGUAUGUUCGCACUACGGAAUCUGUGCACACGGAAUUCUGUUCAGGAAUUCCACUCGGAGAUUCUGUCCGGCGGCUUUGCAGUCUGUGCAUAAUUACCCCAAAAUAAUAAACACGUUCAUUCUUUUGGGGGAUCAUUUUCAGUGGUGGAAUUCUCCACCGCUGAACUUACGUAGUGUGAAUGGGUCAGCAAAAGGUCCAUUCGCACCAAUGUUAAGGUUUACACAGUGGAAUUCCUAAACGCAAUUCUACGCAAGGAAAUUCCUUAAUGUGAACAUACCAUAAGACAAAAUGAUGGGGGGGGGGGACAAUGUCAAGGCUGAUUUUGAUCUAAUGGAAUUAGAUUAGUGGAGAGAAAAUGUGCAUAUAGUCAACUGUUUGAGAUUGGUAUUCUAAUCUUGCCAUAACAUUAUAACCUUUGAAGGGCCAACCUCUUUGACCCCUGUCAAAUCUGAGAAUGAAGGGGUUGAGGUCCCUUUAGAAGCACAGCUCCCUCUAUUUAAGUGAAUGGGGCUGCACUACAUGCUUCAAUAUACAGAAAACAGAGUUUUUUUUAGAGCCCCGUCUUUCUUAAGAUCGCUGGGAGUCAUGGGAUUCAGAUCCCCACUGAUCAGAAAGUGUUGACAAACUUGACAUAUCCUAGCAAUAUACCAUAAAUUUCUAUGGUGGGAAAACACAAGUUAGUCUUGUAUUGUGCUGGUCAUUUUAUUCACUGUGACUGCACGUGAGCCUGUUGGUCAUUUGCACAGUAUGCGGGAAAUGUCUGGGGUUGUGAAUCUGGGGACUGCGGUCAAUAAGGCUUGCUUCCAAGAUAAUAAAUGAAGUCAUCCCGCCAUGACAGCUCCUUGCCCUAAAGUAAAUGGAUGUCUCCUGUAAAUUCAACAAAAGAGAUGCAAACUAGAUAGCGUAGUAAACAGCGGGAGACUCAUUGCGUAAUCUAUAAGAAUUUUAGGCAGGCUUUGGUAAGCUGACUAAGCCUUCUUGUUUUAGUCUAUGCCUGUGACUGUUAUUUGACUUACAGUAUACCUUCAUAAAUCACAUGGUGGCUUGUCAAAUACAGAUUUAUUUUUUUAAAUAACAAUAGAUGAAUGAAUUAUUGAGUGAGUUGUUCAGAGCCAUCCCAGAUACAUCCUAUAAACAGGUAUCAUAGUAUCCAUGUCCCACUGUAGCACUCAGCUGCAUGCACAUAUAUGUAUAUGUUUGUGUCUAUGCAUGUGUAUAUAUAUAUAUAUAUAUAUUUCUGGAUAUAUAUGCAUACAUCGCCACAUACACAUACAUGCACUCUAUGGAAAUCUCACCUCAGUAUCUCACCUCAGUGUGCAGAGUUGUCAGCAGCGGGGGGAAAAAAUUAUAGCAGCUGCAUGGAGACAAGGCAAAAAUAACUUGGUUGCUAUGCAACGUCUCUAUUAUCUCAUCCUCAGAUGCAAUAUAGAGUCUCUAUACAUGAUCGCAUCACAUUUCUAUUAUGAAUUCAGAACUUUGUAUCCUGGUAUAGGAAUUUAUAUGAUCAUGGUUUAGAAUCCUAGUUGUAGGUUCCGUGUUUGUCACAUAGGAACACUUGUCAAUGGUUCCCAGUGUAUUCAUGGGCACCAGUCUUGUCUAUAGAAUGUCCAGGAAGCUCCGUGACAUCACUGUUCUUUAUAGAGAUCAUUCACAUACAUGGCCACGUGAAAAAAAAAAUGAAUGUAAUAAGAGUAACUCACAUACUUGUUUUUUCACUUGUAAUAGAUUUCUAAUAUCUUUAACUCAUGGCUCUGCCAUUCGUUACUUAAUGUAAUUCCAGGGUCAGUUAUAUAUAGCUGUAUGUAUAGUAAGAAAAAAAUAGAGAUUAAAAAGAAAAAAAGAUAUAGAUCUAUGUGUAUAUAGACAUCAUAUAUAUUUUUUACAUUUCAAAGUAUACAUACAGGUGAAGUGUUAUUUUUCUACCCCUUGCAUUCAGAAAACCGAAAAGGAACAUUGGCACCAAGCAUAAUGGUGCUUCACCAAUUGGUAAUAGAUAUUUUUUUAAGAAAAAAAAUACAAUAAACGAUACGAGCAACAUUAAAGCAGCAGUCCAUUGAAUUGUUACUGAAGUAGGAAAGUACUUCUGUCAUUGCAUGCUGGGAUGAGUAGAAAGAUAAUUCCGUUAAACAAUGGCAUCUUAACUAUCUGUAGUUGUUGUAGUUGCUGUCUAUACUCUUUCCAGUGUCCCAUUUGGGAGUCUUAGCUUCUGGCAUACUGUAUUUGUUUGGGGGUUUCAAUGCUUAACUAGUAUUUUGUUCAAAUAUUUACAAGUACCAAAUGUUAUGUGCUGGCCACUUAUCGGGUUGACCCGACGGAAGGGUGACAAUGGACUGCUGCUUUUACUUUGCAUGUUACGGUGUUGACGUUUCUCUGUUAUUGGUCAGUUAUGGAAUUUAUUGGAACUGUGGGAUGAGCAAUCCUUUCAAUGUAUAGCUCUUUAGAUAUUAUUUUAUGAUUAUAUUCAUCCUUAACGCACUUGCUUAUUAAUACAGAUGCAACUAGUGAUUGUGAAACCAUAAUAACUUUUUUUGUUUUGUUUUGGUGUUUUAUUUAGUUAUGGCAUAGUCUGGAUAUUUGCGUAGAACUUCAUGGUACUAGUCUUUGUUUCUUGAGCUGGGUGGAUUAAGAGGUGUAACAAUAGUAGGCAUACUUAACAAUUAUUCAAAUGACAUUUAGCUUAUAGCAUAACAGGCUUUCACAGUUUCCCAUUAUCCUCCAUGCAAUUUGACAGCAGUCACUCUAUUUUGUUGUAAAUUUUUUCUUUUAAUCAUAGGUUUAGUGCCAGACAUUGAGUUUACAAUGAAACACAAUCACCAAUAAAUUAGUCAGGGAGUCAAAAAAAGAACCUCGAUAGGGAUUUCUAAAUGAAAAUGACUGUUGCUUGCAGAUUUUAACUGGGUAACGUUUUGUGGGUCACCUUAGGUAGGGGUGAUUUAUUGACCAUGUAUUUGUUUUUUUGUUUUUUGCCUUAUGUCUUUUAAAUUCAUUGGAUUAUGUGUCCAUUGUAUAUGUGAUCCCCCGACCUCCUUCGUCUAUAUUUACCAUUUACACCAACCUGAAGACAUUUAAUUUGAUCAUGUUUGUCUGUAACAUCACCAUUUUACAGGAAGUGACAUAAUUACUAUUUCCUAUCACCUAACUUUUAGACAACUUUCACACCUCUUACUCAGGGAUGGGGCUGGUGUAUGUUUGGUACACAUGUGACCAGAAGCAGCACUUUCACUACUCUGGAGUAGGGAUGUACAAUAUAUAAAUGUUUGUUCUGUUUUCACUUUCAGCCUGGGACAACACAUAGAGUUACAUGAAGAAGGCAAUUAUAUAUAUAUACAUAUAUAUAUAUAUAUAUAUAUAUAUAUAUAUAUAUAUAUAUAUAUAUAUAAUUAUGUAUUAUGCUGCCAAACCAUUGUUAAGCAAAAUUUUGGAAACCAAACUAAUUUAUCUUGACAUUUUUGUUGAAAUAAAAAUUUCACACCUAAAUUAAAACUUCAAGGUGGCCAAAAGUAAAAAAUAAAAGCAAAGACAAAAAGCACUUUUUCCUUAUCUUGUGGCAGGGUGACAGGAUAACACUCCAGUUUGUGCCUCUGAGGCAUUUUAUCUGUGGUAAGAUCAUAUAAAUCAAUGAAAAUGUAAACCAUUUUCAUUCACAUAUCUUUAUUUUGGCCUCCUUAUUAAUACCGGCUAAAAUACACAUUUAUGAAAAAUGGCGGCACAGCAUUAUAGUUGCACAUUUGUGUCGUGUCCUUAGGUACUGCUGUAUUUUGCAGUGUCGUGUUAAACCAUAUGACAAACAAAUCCAAACACUUUGCACACCUCUACUCCGGAGUGAACUUUUUUCUUUUUUAAUUUUUACGCAGAUGACCUCGCUUCAGAUGUGUUACCUUACUGAUAGAACCUUUUCUCGUAGCACUAUACUGUACGUUGUGGGAAUAUAUAGGUUGUUGUUUUUUUUUUUUUUUUAUGUAAACCUAAUCUGAGAAGCGUAUACUUUUUUCUUUUCAGAAGCACUCAUAUUUAGGAGUACAUGACAAGCUUAAAUGAAAUUGCACAAAAAAUGAAUGUUGGAAUGAGUUAUUCAGUGUUUGAAAAGACAUGGAUUCUAUUGAAACAAUGAUGGGUUUCAUACUUUGUAAAGUAAAUAAAUAUAAAUAUAUAUAUAUAUAUGCGUGUAUGUGUGUGAGUGUGUUUGUGUGUGUCCGUCGGUGUAUAAGCGGGUGUUUAUACAUAUGCGCACACACACGGAUAUUCACGUUUGUAUACAAAAGUAGAAAGGUAAAAACUUUGCUAUUUUUUUCUUAUUGUAUAUAGAAAUCUGUCAAGUUUAGAUGAUCAGGUGUACAUGGCUUUAGCCAGAGACAAUUUCUACUUUUUGAUGGCUUGUCAAGGACAACUAUACUUAAUUAUGACUGUUGGACCUAAAGAAUAUUAAAGCUUGAAUUCAUCUGUUGUUUCAAUAAAGAAGUCGACCAAAACUGGAAACUUAGAGAACUUAUGAUAUAAUUAUUUGAUUAAAGUAUGGAGUAAGUAGAAUUGGUGAUGGGGUUUAUACAUUGUAUGGAUCAUCAUCCUGAUUUACCACUUGUAUCUAAAUAUUGUUCUAAUACAAAAACUGAUUAGUCAGUAAUCCCUAAUGUGAACUCUCAUGUAUACAAUUCACAUUUAUCAUAAGUAGUAUUGUCUAAACCACACCUAGAUACAGAUGUAAAUGGACUAAUCCAGACAAGUCCUUAUUAUAUAAAUGACAUAACUAAUACUGGGAAUACAGAUUUCAGACUCUUUGGAACUUAGGUUACUUUUGCACUUGUUUUGAUAAAUAUCCCAUAUACUUCUCGUCUUUCCCCAAAUUAUGUAUGUAAGUGUAGCAUUAAAGAGGAAAAGUAGCACUACUGGUGAGCAGUGGCUUAUUGCCAUCACUUGUCUUAAGAAACCCCAUUCAAUUUAUGAAACAAAUUUCUGUAGACCUGAAGCACUUUAUCCAAGUUUGUGUCAAUGUAGUUUUGGAAUUACAUUGUAUUUUAUCUCAGAUCCUUAUCAUAAAAGACAGAGAACUAUCAGCUGGUUUCGAAGCACUGGAGGGUGUACUUUAAUGGAUGUCCACAAUAUCCAUUGAUUUCCAACCCCAUAGUGCUGAGAUUAAAGUGUACCUGUCAUCAACAAAAACUUUUAUAUAACGUAGAUAAUACCAUUAUAUGUAUAUUUGUAAUAUACAUUGAUUAAAAACAUGUAUAUUUUUGUCCCUGCAGCUAUUGCCUGUGUGUCUCUAUGAGGAGUCCAAAUACAGGAAGUGAGGGUGGACAAGCAGGGCUCUCUGCAGUGAGGACAAGCAGGGCUCUGUGCACUGAGGCUCUGUGACAUGCUACGGGCUCACACAUCAGGAUGAUUGACAAGCCAGGAGCCUUCACAGAGCCCUGCUUGUCCUGUCCUCACUUCCUGUAUUUGGACUCCUCACAGGCAAUUGCUGCAGGGACAGCACUUUUUCACCCUUAAAUAUACACAUUUUUUUUUUACCAAUAUAUUAAAAAUAUACAUAUAAUUGUACUGUCUACAUUAUAUAAAAAGUUUUUGUUGACGACAGGUACACUUUAAGCUCUCAACUUUAUGGCAUAUGGCUGUCUGAAACCAAAAGCCCCAUUAAAGUCCUUCUCAAGUUGAGCUAGUGGUGUCUGUCAGAUGUCAGUCAGGGGUGGCCUUAUGCAUAUGUCAGACAUAUAGCUAUGACAGAUGUCACUUAGUGGCAUGUGUGAUACAUAGGGCCCUAUGGUAGAAAAUAUAUAUUUCAUGUGGUAUACCCUGAUGCAUACAUCCCCAACUGGAUGCCAAAAUGAGACACUUUUGGCCUUUGUUGGGUAAAUGGGGGUCUAUGGAUCCAUUUAAUGCAUGUGUCACGACUUAUUCUGGCAUUUGUGUUAAAUGGAACCUGCUAAAUCACUGAUUAGCACAAUGCAAACCCAGUCUUAUAUUUAUUAAUGUAAUUUCUAAGGUAUGAAAAAGUAUUUUAUAUGAAAUUCAGAAGCACCAUACCAUCAUUGAAGGCACCACAGAUAAACUGUAUCCGCCUGUUCAUGUGGCUCCAUUAUACUAGCCUAUACCUUGUCAGAUGAUGUUUUCUUUACAGUGAUGAAUACUAUAAGCCUAUUAUAUUUAUGUCCAUGUUAACUGUAGAUUCACUCACACAGUUUCUUACUUCCUUAGAACAUGCUCACUGCAGCACUUUUUUUUUCUCAUAAAACUAUAUUAUCUAGACUCAAAUUAGUUUUUCCUCUAAAUUUAUAAUUGUAAAAGUUGUUUACAUAAGGUUAAGGUUUAAAUUGAAUAAAAUGUAUUGGUUUCUAGCACUUAUUCCCUAAGAUAUUGCCUAAAGAGGUUCUCCCACUACCCAGACAAAGAGAAGAAAGGCUUCUAAUGUUUCUUCCACAAUUACAAUUAAGAAUAUUUGUUCUUUAUGACUUUGCCACAAGAAGUAGUUAUUGUGAUCUCUGAAUUGUAUUGUUUUCUUGUCAUUGCUUGAAAAGACUAAAGUCUUCCAUUAAAACUAAUUGGAGACUUCACCCAUGUUAUUUUUGUGAAUGUUUAUAUAUUUUGGCUGGUCAAAGCUGCAAUUGUCUUUUCUUGGUUGUGUGUCUUUCACAAUUUGGAAGUGUUUUAUGCAUGUUGCUUAUGGUGAAAGUAGGCCUGUAAGCCUUCUGCCACUGGGUAAAGUCAUUGAUUAUUUUUAAAAUAUAAUUACAUCACAUACAUUUAAGAUAUCAAAUUGAACUCUUGAACAGUAGCACAAUCCAUAUCUUGCAGAUAGUUUUACCUUGUCACGGAGAAACUAAUUUGUUAAAACUAGAUGUCUAUACAUUGCAUGGUCCUAAAAUGCAGGAAAAAAAGGAAGCGUAUGGCAUAAUAUUACUAUAUAUUAGUAAUAUUUAACAAUUUGCUUAAUGUGUCGGGUAGUACUGCAAGGGUUUAAAUAGGUAAAUAAACCGUUUUGGUAAAUAUGUGCCCCCUACAACCACACUGCACUCAUGAAUUUAGUUCCUUAGUUUAUUUUAAAGCUAAUUUGCCAAAUGGCAUUCCACAGGCAUGCCACAGUGUCUUAGCUCAUGGCACAUUUCGACAAGCUAAAUUACGUGUGAUAUUGUUUACACAAAUCUCGUGUCUCUGUAUGGCACUGCAUCUCCCCUAAAAGCAAUAAUUAUUUUUGAGAAUAUGCCCUUAAAAUGGCCUCUGAUGAUUGAACAGCAAAAAAAUUUGAAUAUUUCUGAAAUUUGAGCGAAUAUCUUCUGCUGUUUUGUGAAAUUAGCAUUAACUCAAUGAAACAGUAUGAUCCCUUAGGCUUCCAUGGUUGGAGUAUUAUGGCUCUGUAGAACUUGUACUCUGUAGAGGUUGUACAGAGCCAUACUACUGUAUCAUGAAUUAGCCCUAAACUUUAUUAAUGAGUGGAAAGUGCAGAAGGUUUUAAGGGAUGUGCCUAUACAUUCUACAGUAUACCAAUUUAAUUGGAAGAAAUGCCCAUGUAAACAAAACCUCCAUAAAACUAAAAGUGAAAUCUCAUAUUUAAAAGGAAAGGAGAACAGAUGGAAAUUUGUGAAGCUAGAAACUAACUUUACUACCUAAAAUAAUGUUUAUUGUACAAUAAAGUAAAAUGAGUGUAUUCCUAGUGCACAGGUUAAAGGGGUUUUCCAAGUUAAUGAAAAUGGUACUAGAAAUAAUAAUAAAAAAACUUAUAUUUGCUACUCUGCUCCCUCCUAGCCUAUCACAAACAAUGCUUACUAUACACUCUGCACUGGACAUUGCAGCCAAUCAUUUGCUUUAGUGGUUGUGUACAUGUUCACAUGACUCCUGUGGCUAUUGACUUGCUGCAGAGUCCGGCACACGGAGGCCUCUGGGGGGGCUCUGGAACAGCUUUUGUACUAGACUGGGGACAAGCGGAGGGGGUACACAUUUUAUUUCUACUACCAUCCCCUGCCCCUGGGCAAUUUUUUCUUUAAGUAGGAGACUCCGCUUGAUAAAUAUCAUGUUCUACUUCUGUACAGCUUAUAAGCCUACAUUUUCUUAUAAUUUACAGUAUAGGUAGGCAGAAUAACCUUUAGGGUAGGGUCACACGUAGCGCAUCCACAGCAAAUAUCACACUGUACAUGCACUGAUGCCAGUCACUAGAGCGAGCUCCAUGCCUCGGUCGUUGGCCGCAGCAGGAGGCUCGCUCUAGUGAUUGACAUCGGCGCUGCAGAUGCUUUACAUGUGACCCUACCCUUAUAGAGACUUAUUUCAAAUGAUUAGCCCUAUUCAUACAGACAAAUAUACAUACCCAUUGGGGGUAUAUAUGUAGACAAAGUCCCAAUAUAAAUGCACAUUUUAAGAUUAUUUACCAUCCAUAAAACAUUAAUGUUGAAUGUGGCAUCGACCCUGCAACAUAAAAAGGUGCACAAUAUAUAGGACCAUGACUUUGUCUCUGGAGUCCGGACAGAGUAGUUAAAUACACUGAAUUGCAUUUGGACAGAACCCCAAAUAUUUAAACUCUUUAUAUUGUGAUUGUCUAUAUAACAUAGUUCACACUUUAUUUAAAUAACACUAGAAUAUCCCCAAGCUCAGGUAUAUAAGAGUAGAAAAGUCAUGAUUUUGUGCUAGCCAAUGGGAAUCAAUGGGCUGCCCUGCUAUUCUGCUGUAUGACACACUUCCAAGAUAUGCCAAAUGAAAAGAAACUUGCAGCUUUGUCUUAAGAUCCAUCUAGGCUGAUCCAGCCAAUAUCAAGUGGAAAGAUGGAGGAAAUAAUGUUUUGCACCUUAUUGAGCAGAUGAAAACGUUUUAGUGCAUACAGACAUAGUUCAGAGCUAUUAUUGUGACAGAAUUUUUUUUCCAUAUGCGUGCAUACUCUCUGUAAUUCCAGUGUAAAAUAUUGUACUUGCACUAGCUUUUAUAAAAACAAAUAUAAAAAAAUGGAAGAAUUCAUAUUCUAUUUUCUAAUCGUGGUGUGUCUAUUUGUAGGAUACACUCAAGUCUGUUUAUUGAAUUUUAUGGUCCCUUUCUUUGAUGGUGCUUGCAGGUUUUCUAGGUAGAAAUUAUUUCAUUAUAAUAAAACAAUGUUUGAUUCAAAAUUUGAACAAAAUUGUUUUAAAUAAAUUGUCUGUAUACCAGUACAAGUUUAUUGUCUCAGUAUACUCGUACUAAUAAAAUAACAGUGCCAAUUGCAA